ACACACUGUGGUGGCAGAUCAGCGGGGCGGUACGCAUAGCAGGAUAAAGCUAAACUGUAUUAUCCAAAAAAGAACGAGCAAAGGGGGCCACAUCCCACCAUUUCCAGAGUUACAGCAACUUACCCAGCCUGGUGUGCUGAUCUCUUCGGCUGGCCGUGGCUGCAAACAGGGAGAACCGGGAACUUGAGCAACUAAAACAGGCACGGUGCCAGCAAAUGAUCUGUUAGGUGCUGUGUCAGUUUUGUAGACGGAGGGGAAAAAAGCGAUAUUUCUCCGGAGGAACUCUCCCAAGUGUUGGAAACUUUCCAGCGCAGCAUCGAUCGAGGACAUCCCGCCCACUUUACCUCUGAUCCACAAUCCUGGAAGGGGGAGAGAGAGUUCUGCACCCGCUGCGGUGGAUGGAGCAACAAAGGCUAGAUGGUUAAACUAGAAGAGCUGCUUUGACAAGAACGCAACUGUCCUUGAUCUCCUCGUCUGUUGUUCCCUAAAAGACUCCAUCAUCACGGCAAAUCUGCAGCCGCCUGGAUCUCAUUUUGGAGAUCCUUCCAGGUUCUACUUAGUGCAAACUCUCCGCCAGCCAGGGAAUCGCCGCAGACGUGAAAUUGAUGCUUUGGUACGGAAGAGCGCACCACAGAUCCUUUAGUUUUGCCAAAGUGUCCUACUGCUCAUUGAGGGAGAUAGACUAGUUCGGGCCGAAGUGGGAUUUGCAGAAGUUACAUGCUUGGUCUUUGUCUUCUCGAGUGAGCACUAUUCGUCCACACUCACGUUAUCGCACGAGAUUCCGGAUAGUUGAGGAGCCAUGGCGAUGUGUGUGGGGAUGUGGAUACUCCUGUUAGCACUGCAUGUCCAAGCUGGCAACGGACAGAUGGUACAGAUGGACUCCAGUAAGUCUGGCUUUGUGGGUUCACAAGUGGAGCUGCGCUGCAUUUUCAUCAACAGUAACCCGCCAGUCAAGAUCUCUCAAGUCACCUGGCAGAAGCUCCUCAACGGCACCAAACAGAAUGUGGCCAUUGCCAACCCAGCACUCGGUGUGUCUGUUCUCCCACCCUUCAAAGAGCGGGUCACCUUCAAGCAGGCAGCGGUUCGUCAUCGUACACCCUCGCUGGAGGACACCACCAUCAUGUUCUCCAACCUGCAGCUGUCUGAUGAAGCUGCUUACAUCUGCGAGUAUACUACAUUUCCUGCAGGCAACCGGGAGAACAUGGUCAACCUGACUGUAUUUGCUCGGCCCAUGACACGUAUGACUUUGACAACGCCCACGAUUGUGGCCAGGGCUCAGAAACGCAAGAUGACUGUUGCCACUUGUGUGUCAGCCAAUGGGAAGCCACCAAGUGUGAUCAAAUGGGACACCAGGUUGAAAGGCGAAGCCACUUUCCAGGAGACUCGCAACCAAAAUGGGACUGUGACUGUACGGAGCAACUAUGUGGUGAUACCGAGCCGCGAGACCCACAGACAGAAGCUUACGUGUAUUGUGACGUACCAAAGUGAAAAGAUCGCAGACAGCGUGGUGCUGAAUGUGCAGUAUGAACCUGAGGUGAAGAUCGAGGGCUUUGAUGGAAACUGGUACCUGAACCGUCAGAAUGUUCAGCUGACCUGCAGGGCUGAUGCUAACCCCCCUGUCACGAUCUACCAGUGGAAACUCUUGAAUGGCUCCCUGCCCAGUAAUGUGGAGAUCAAGAACAACACCCUGUUCUUUAAGGGGCCGGUGACCUACGACCUGGCCGGUACGUACGUCUGUGACGCUACCAACGGUAUCGGGACUCGCACUGGCACCGUGGACGUCAACAUCACAGAAUUCCCUAACAACCCGACAACUGGGGGCCAUGAGAUCCCGCAGGAGCAGCACAAUGCAGGUGCCGCCAUCGGGGGCGCUGUGGGGGGAGUCGCCUUGUUGGGCGUGGCGGCUAUACUGCUCUUCAUAUUCCUGCGCCGCCGCCAGCGCACCUUCAAAGGAGACUACAGCACCAAGAAACACGUGUUUGGAAACGGGUACAGUAAGGCGGGCGGCCUGCCCACCCACCCUCCUAUCCCCAAGAACCUGCAGUACCCAGACGACUCAGACGAUGAGAAGAAAACUGCCCAGAUCGGCAGCACCGGAGGGUUUGAAGCGAGCGAGCGUGAUUUUGACACCGAGCAAGAGGACCUGAAGAGGCCCUAUUUCACUGUGGAUGAAGGAGAGAGCCGGGACUAUGACGAGCGGACUCUGGCUUUCCAGUAUGACCCUGAACCUGAGAUAGCUGAUGAUAUGAUCUCUCAAACCGAUGGCUCUGUCAUUUCUAAGAAAGAGUGGUAUGUGUAGUGGCAUGCAACAACCAAAUCAAAUAACCCUUUGUCCCCCACCUGCAUUCCAUUGCACCUGCACCCUUCACCUCCAUCACGACCCUGCCCUCCCAUUUGUCAAACUGCACCCUUCACAGUCUUGUUCCAAUUUUGGUCAACCUAGUACUCCCUUCCCUCUGACUCCCCCCCACAUCAAACCCCAUCCAACUAAUCUCAAUUAGAAAAUCAAAUGUCUAUUUAAAGUGCUACCAACAUCAACUUCUCAACAUGACAGCAAUGAAUCAGUUCCAUCAGGUGAAUGGGCAAAGAAUACAAACUAAGGUAUGUAAAUGGACUCGUUGUCACUGACCUACGAGGCCAGGGAGGUGAUUGGUUGAUUAAUACUGGUGUAAUAUUCUUUUUCUGUAUUUUUUCAUGUUAUAAAUGUAUUAAAUGUAUAAAAAGAGACUGCAGGUUGAGGUUUUGCUGAGCACAUUUGUGAAAGUCCUACACUGGAUGUACAAUUUGACUUUUUUCCAUUACCAUUGCCGUUUUGUUAUUUUUAUAAUUUUUGUAUGAUUUUUAAGUGACCAGAGAAUUGAGAGUUAAUUGUCUGACAUAGUAACAGGUGGAGUUCUAAGUGGGUUUUUUUUGUGGUCAAGUGUUUCGGAGAAAGAAAGAAAAAAAAAAAACGCCAUACAGCACCUGUAUCAUUUCUCCUGUUUCUCACAGGGGUUAGAGUCCAUGAAAUUACUAAUUUCUGCAUAUUUACAGCAUAAAAAGCAGAUAUGUUAUGCUGUUUUCCAAAGACAUGCUUAGUAUUCUUGACCCCCUGUGUUCAUAUGCUUGAUUUGUUUCUUUACUGAGAGGGAGUCAGCGUACUAAGCCAUGUGGACAUGGCAGUAACAGAUAAAUAUCGAGUGUCUUCAAUUUUUUUCUAAAAUUCAAUCCCGUUAAAUGAGUUCGCACAUCAGAGUUACCGGGGAGAGAAGGGCUGUAAUUGCGUCACAAGCAUUCUACAUUUCAGUGGUGCAUCACAAUCACGUCCAAAAGAGGUUUGGUGAGUCUCGGUGUCCACAGACACCUUUAAUAAUGCUCUGAAAUGUCAUGAUUGUCACUUGACUUGACCUGUGUACAUGAGAUCUCAAUCUUACCACUAAAAUGAAAUGUGUUUUUUGUGUUGAGUUAGCGUAAUUAUGUAUGGUUCUAACCAUUCUUUUAUCAAAUGGAUGUCAGAGAAAAGUGACUUUGUAAUUUCCUAAUAAUGACUGUCUCUCCUUAUAAUUGUGUGACUGUGUACCGAAGAAUUGGCUAAAGCCUCCCACUUACAGCAACACCAUUUGCUAUGAGGAGUCGUCCAUGGACACAAAGGACACGGAUAGGAGGAAAAAGUCAAGUGAUGCUUUUAUUUACUUCUACAGAGAAAACAUAUUAACAUGUAAAGGGAAUUGAAUAUGAUGGUGGCCAUGCUGGAGUAUAAUAAGUCACCUGCUGCUUUCAUGAUGUGUUUCUCUUUUUUUUUUCUUUCUAAAAUACAGCUGGGGGAUUCCCUUUGGGGGAUUUUAAAGGCAUAUAUGGUUGUCCUUUCCUUAAGGUUGGCAUCUGAAUCUGCCAAAAGAGAUACAAUGGCCCUGUCUUAAGGCAUUAUAUGUAUAUCUGGCUUUUUAAAUCACUGUUAAGUGCCAGUGGAUGCUAGCAUAGCAAAUGACUUGUUUUUCUCCUCAGCAAAAUGGAAUUUGCUUCAAACAAAAAAAAAAGUUCUUUGUGAAAUAUUUGGAUAAAAUAGAAGCAAAGGAGUAAAUUGGUGGUUAUAAACAACACAUCUGACUGGCUCUGAACAAUAUAAAUACAAUAUUAAGCCUUAUUUUAUGCAUGUUUUUUAUGUGGGAGUGGAUGUGCGUAUGUUGCUAUUUUUUCUAAAUUCCAGUGCGUUUGUCCUCAUUUGCAGCUCAAAAGACUACACUUUGUCAGUGUUGUCAGUAUUGACAGAGGUAUGAGUUUAUGGGCACACAGUACCCAGCACUAAUAUUGCAGUUAACACACAAAACAGUAUAUAAAUAUAUAUAUAAAUAAAGAAGAAAAAAAAAACAUCUCUUUGAGAGCCGAUCUCUCUGCCGGCUGGAGAUGUGAAUGUUUUACAGUUCAUGCUUGUCUACUGUAUGUUUUUAGAUGAGCAUGUUAAUCAUGAGCCUCAAUUUAUAUUGUAUUUUCGACACAAAUUAACAUUACAAAGUGGGAAAUAUCAUGUUCUUAUUAAAUGUCUGUUGAUUUCUGUUUAGUUCAGUUUCAUUUCCUACAGCCUUAUUUCUGUUUUUGUGCAGUGUAUCCACUACAGUUUGAGAAUGAUACAGGAGGUUUGCAAAACAAACGUUUCAGAGAGGGGAAACAAAUUGACAGUAGCGGGUCUGCUACUUUCAAAGUGAAAAAGCUAAUUACAAUUUUAUGGCCUUUCAUUUAUUGUUCACAUACAGAUGAACUGCUUUGUUGUAACUUGUCAAUUCCACGUAGUUUGCAUCAAAUAGAGUGUCAUGUUAUCUUUUAUUCUUGCAUUCAGUGCCUAUCAAAGCCAGGAAACAUGAGGAAGUCUGAACAGUUGCUGCUCCAUCAAUUAAGUUAUUCAUGCCGUGGAAUAACAUAAAACAUAUAUUGAAAUAUGACAUGGACUACAAAACUCUUCAAAUCAGACAAAUGAUGGUUCUUUACUUGCAGUGAAUUUUAGUUAGUAUAGUGGGGAUGUUAUUCCAUCUGAGCUCCAGCACAAAACUAAUAUUGCAUCUUGUACUUGAUCUUUAAAUCGAUUAAUCUCUUAAAAGCUGUAUUCAUUACCAUUUUAAAGUGUAAUGCUAAAUUGUGAUACAGCACUUUUUCCAGUCAAUACUGGAAUGUCCUAGAUGUCCUACAUAGAUCUAACUUUUCUAAGCACAACAAUUGAAACAUGGAUCUAGUGAAAGAGAUUUAAUUUGUAAAUUUAAAUUAUUAACAGAUGCAACUUUGGCCCAAAGCAAAGAUCAACUCUAUCCCCCUUUUAAAAAGCACAAGAUUAAAGUUUCAUUUCACUUUUUUUCUGCAUCCUUUAUGAAACCACUGCCACACUUGCUUCUGGGACAUGUUGGAGAAAGAAAAAUCCUUCAGAUUUGAGUCGACAUUCUGUAUACUGGUAGAUAUAAACAUUGUCUUCAUGUUGUUGGGGUGUUAUGAGUUUCUAUUUUGUAAUACUGACUGUAACUUCAUUCCAUCCUAAUCUACUUUUUGUAUUCAGUAUGUUCAACAUUCCACUGUAAAUACUGUACAUAAGGUUGAGAUUAUAGUCGGGAUUUAUUUAGGGACAACUGUGUAGGGGCCCUGUUCAUGUAAAAUAUACCUAUUUUGACUGCAAACAUAGAGACUCGAUGAUGAAUAGAUGAAGUUGACGCAUAGCUUAUUUCCAAAGUCCCACCUAAAAAUGCUCCUGCAGUUCAUUUUAAUAUGCCACUAGUGGCUUCACUGUCAUACAAAGGGGUGAUGCAUACAGUUUGUUGAUUUAAUGUUAUUGAAAGAAAAUCAAAAGAGAGAUAUUGUCUGUAUGCAGCCAUGUGAAUGUAUAUUUCUGAGGGUGUUACAAAUACGAAAAAAAAUCUUGUUCAAUUGUGAUGACCCAGUGAAGUAACUUGUAUUUGUUUUAAGCAUUAAAUGAGUUCAAUAGUCAA